UCUCUAUGAUCUCCUUCCUGCUGCGGAUACCAUUCAAAACCCCAGGCACGCUUGUCAGUGGACUCCGGCAGAGAAUCGGAUGACGUCACGGGCAAAAGGCAGACAACAAGCGUGUGAGAAGAAGUGGGACCUCAGGAAGCUGCAGCGUGAGCUCCAGUGCGGCUGGGACGUCAGGGAGGAGCUGGAGGAGACCAAAAAGAGCUUGGAAAGGUACUUUGAGGAGGAAUCCAAGCAAAUCGUCUUUCGUUCCAAGGUGGAGAACCUGGAGAAGGGUGAGAAGUGCAACUCUUUCUUUUUCAGGAAGCUCCAUGCUGGCCACACGCCCCUAACUGAGCUGCAAGAUGAGACCGGACACAUGAGGAGGGGCAAGGAGGUGGUGAUGGGGGUCGUCUCAGACUUCUACAGCAACCUCUACGCCUCUAAGUCAUCCAACCCCAAAGCUGCCAAGAGGUUCCUGUCAGAGCUCUUUGCUGAGAAUAUCUGGCAGAAUGGAGAGAUCAGAGGGAUCAUCGCACCAGGACCAGAUCGCUACGAGGCCAAGUGCUCGCUCUACAUGGACGACGUGACCGUCUUCUGCGCUGACCAGCGUUCGGUGACUGCACUCGUCCAGACCUGUGAGGACUUCGGCAAAGCUUCAGGGGCAAAAGUCAACUGCGGGAAGUCAGAAGCCAUGCUCUUCGGGGAAUGGCACCUGGCUUCUUCCGCUCCCUUCCCCUUUACUGUUAAGCCGGACUUCAUUCCAAAUUCUGGGAGUCUGGUUUGGCAAGGAAGGAGCGGCCCUCAAGACUUGGCAAGACAGGCUAGGAAAGAUGAACUCUAAGAUUGGACUGUGGAGCUCCAGAAAGCUCUCGAUUGAGGGAAAAACACUUGUCUUGCUGAGUGAAGUUUUGCCUGUUCUCCAAUAUACCACACAGGCCUGGCCUCCCCAUACCACCGUUUGCAAGGCCAUCACCCGGACAGUGUUUCGCUUCAUCUGGGGCAAAAUGGACAGAGUCAAGCAGACUGUGAUGUAUAAGGAGCCGCGGAAGGAUGGGAAGGGAAUACCCGAUAUCCCCACUCUGCUGAGGGCCUCCUUUGCAUGUGUCAGUGUGCGUCGGACUCUUGUUGAAAAGACUGGUUCAGCGGGCAGGUCCAUGUCUCGCUUGUUUCUCAUGUCCCUCUGGAGACAGCUGGGCUGGGACAAGUGGGACAGCUCCAUCCCUUACAACUGGAACACUCCCUGGUUCUAUGGGGAUGGUUUGCGAGGGAGCACCAGCUGGAGGGACUGAAACGUGACCUAUGGAAGCCGAAGACAAUCUACAAGCUCAUCCGAGAUAAGGACUUAUUGUAGACUAUUCUGGGGCUCCCCGCAGCAACGGCAAAGACUGUCUGGACUAAUGUGGCCUCAAAGCGGCUUACCAAUGGACACAUUGACUUGUCGUGGAUGGCCAUUAAGGGAGGUCUCUCAGGUCGUUCAUGCAUGCCCGUGACCUGUGCAGAACCCGAUACUGCCCCCGGUGCCCCUACGUGGAGGAAACAUCUUUGCACAUGUUUUGGCAGUGCCCCUUUGCACAGGGUCUGUUGGAUGCCCUGGAACAUGAACUCAGAGACUCUGUACCCAGGAACUGCCUAUCGUACCACUCAGUGCUUUACGGUCUGUUCCCUGGGACCCACGACGUGGGGCCAUCCAGGAGGCCUGGCGCCUUAUGAACUGUUUUAAGGACGCAGUGUGGCUUGCCAGGAACCGCCUCGUGAUCAACAGGGAGAACAUGUCCGUCCGGGACUGCCGCGGGUUCAUCAAGAGCCUGCUUAGAGACUAUUCCAUUUUGAACAGCCCAGCCAUCGAUGAGGAAGAAGAGGAAUCAAGACCCCUCUCCUUCUCCCAUGUCUCCUUGAAGAUACAGCCCAGCAGUUUGGCCCUGUGAUCCGCCCCCUCCCUACCCCCACAUAGUCGCCCAUACCCCCACGCCCCCAGCCCCGCCCCAUAGCCCACACCCCUACCCCGAUCACAGAUUGUAUUGUUUUUGUCAUUCGAUCUCUUGUGCUUUUCUAUUACAGGAUUGAGCAGAGUGUUAGAGUAGCAUGAUGUGCGAUGUAUAGCUUAGGGAACCUUUGGUGUGUAUUGUACUGUCAUGCUUUGUGUGAUCGUAAUUUAUUGUAUGACUUGUAAUGACUGAACGGGCAAUACAGCUCUUUCAAUAACCAAAAUAAUGAUCAGUCUAUAAUUUUCUUGGUCAGUUUAUUUGAACAGUGUGAGACAGAAAAAUCCAUCGUCCAUUUGAUGCAAUAAAGUUGUCAUAUCCCCGGAAGCAUAAUGUUUAGACCUCCAUGUUUGACAUUAGGGAUGGUGUUGAUGCCGAAGAGCUUGAUUUUGGUCUCUCUGACCACAACACUUUCACCCAAUCCCCCCUCCCCCCCUGAAUCAUUGUACAUGUGCUUUCUUGAGCAGAGGGGCCUUGUGGACACUGCAGAAUUUCAGUCCUUUAUGGGAUAGUGUGUUUUUGAUCCAUGUGCUUUGCUAUAUUAUUUCUGCUGUACAACAUGU